CUAUAUAUGACCCUGCAGCUCAGACAGAUCCCAGAACAUCAGCUGGAAACCAAGUACAGCUUCCCAGAGAUAUAAAGAACAAGAAUUGCAGAACUCAUUGAACUCCAAGUCCUUCUCCCACAUCGAGCUGAAAUUCUGCUUCAAUGUUGAGGAUGGAAAAUAUGGCUAAUGGGACCCUGACGAGCCAAGACUUCGGCUCGCAUCAGGAACCACCAAGCCAGGUGAACAACGGGAAGGAUAACAACGAGUAUUUUUACAUUCUGAUCGUCAUGUCCUUCUAUGGAAUAUUUCUGAUGGGCAUCAUGCUGGUCUACAUGCGAUCAAAAAAGAGGGAGAAAGAGUCCAAACUAUUUCUACUCUAUCAGGAUGAGGAGAAACUUUGGACGGAGACCAGGAAAAGCACAUCUUCUCUGUCUGUGUCCAAGCCUCCCCAGCAGAGCACUAUGUUCACAAUCCUACCGGACACUUUUGGUUCAAGCCGAUUCUGCACUGACUACAACAUAGUAGACAGUAGCCUAAGCUCAGAAUCUUCCUCCUCUGAGGUGCACUUAACCAUCCAAGAAGAACCUACAGAAGGACUUGUCCAAGAGAGGGCAGAUGAGAAAAAACCUGAAGAAGCAACACAGAUUUCCUAGCGAUGAACUAAAGAGACAGCAUAAGCUUUGGAAUCUAUAGGAUCUCUGCUUAUGAGACUGUAGUCUUGUGUUUUGGGUCGUGUUGCCAAAAAGCUCCUUUUAGGGAAAGGAAGUGCAAAUGUUAUAGGUGGGGCAUGGAAAGAUGGACUGUUGUAUAUAGAGGGAUAGCAUUAUCUUCCUUUCAGAUACAGUGAACUAAAAGGUUUCAUAGGCUUUAGCAUAGACGUUGGCCCUCGAAGCAAAGAAAGAGCUGGUCCUGUACUUUAGACAGUCUAUAGCAUGGCUUGGUACAAGCUUAGAGAAAUAACAAAGCAAGACCAGAGUUACUACAUCGAAGAUACAGAUGGCAUUAUUUUUACUGCUAGUAGAGUUGAGCAAAUAUUGUAAAGGUUGUUCCGCUUUCCAAGUGUUCUGAUUCCCUAGAGAAGUCUAGAAUGUUCUAGACUCCUCAAGGAAAUAGCAUCAACGUUUACAAAAUUAAUCAAUGGCAGAUUCAUGACAUUUAAUGAAUCUUACUGUACAUUUGCCCAACUCUGCUAGUAGUCUAUAUGUUGUUGGAAUAUGGCUAUUGGAGACUAGAGAUCGCUAUGGGUUGUACAGUAGAUAGGGUUAUAUGGUAUUGUUAGGAUAUCUGGUUUAUUAAAGACUGUGAAUUAAGAAAAAAGGUUGUAUAUUAACUGAUGUUAUAUAAACUAAGUUUACUUUGUUGUUUCAUAUUUCAUGACACAAAAUAAAUCCCGAUGUAUAGCACUUUUUUGCAAAUGUUGCUAUAUUUGCUAGUAAGACAUUUAAUUGGGAGUUGUCUAAAGUAUUCCAAAUGUUUCAUAGGAAGAGCUUAUACUUGACAUGUAAAUUUUCAUUCACUUACUAAAUACUUUUUUUCUAGUGAUUUUUACAAUACUGACCUGACCAAAAUCUAAAUAGUGAAAUAUAUGGAGGAAAAAGAGAUAAGUUCCCCAGAAAACAAAAACAUUUCCAUUUUGUUACUUUAUGGCAGUGAUUGUGAAACUUGGUCCUCAAGAUUUAUCAUGUUCUUAGAGUUCUUAUCAUAGAUGUAUUGUUGAGAAUAUAGCACUCUUCUCUAUUACAGAAUACUAGAUAAUACUGUUGUGCACCUCCUGGCUGGUGUGAAGAGGUAUACUAGUAAACUAUCCGGAGGACUCCAUGUAACCACCAUUGCUCUACGGCUCUCAAAAUGUAUCAUUACCAUUUGGAUUGCCAGCCUUUUACAAAGAUAAAGAAAGUUUUAGGAAAAUAUGCACUAAGCCAUUAUUGGGCACCUCAACCUACCUAUUAAUGGUGUUGAGAUAAAAAGAAA